UCGUAAAGUGGAUGUCAAGUGAGCUCUUAAAUUACUAACGGCGUCUUGCAAUUAUGCUGUAAUUACGUGCGCGUGCUCGACUGUCCGAUAACGACGAUAACGUUGUCCGAUUCAUAUCCCCGGAAACGCAAGGAUCAUCAUAAGCGUAUUGAACGCGGUACGAAAGCUCUCGACGAGCAUUAUCGAAAUCGUCAGUACUCUGCAGCAAAAUGGCAGCGAGUGAUUCUAACACAGACGACAGCCUGUAUCCCAUCGCAGUUCUGAUCGACGAGUUAAAAAAUGAGGAUGUCCAGUUACGUCUGAAUUCUAUCAAGAAACUAUCAACAAUCGCACUGGCACUAGGCGUUGAACGGACACGGAGCGAAUUAAUACCAUUUUUAACAGAAACAAUCUAUGAUGAAGAUGAAGUUCUCCUUGCGUUGGCCGAACAGCUUGGCACGUUUACUCCUCUUGUUGGUGGACCAGAAUUUGUGCAUUGUCUAUUGCCACCAUUGGAAUCUUUGGCUACCGUGGAAGAAACUGUGGUUCGUGACAAAGCUGUAGAAUCUUUAAGAAAUAUCGCAAGUCAACACAGCCCUGCAGACUUAGAGGAACACUUUGUUCCAUUGGUACAACGCUUGGCUUCAGGAGAUUGGUUCACGUCAAGAACAUCGGCAUGUGGCUUGUUCAGCGUUUGCUAUCCAAGAGUGAGCCCAGCCAUUAAAGCGGAAUUGCGAAAUCACUUCCGCAGCUUGUGCCAAGACGAUACUCCUAUGGCACGACGAUCAGCUGCUUCCAAAUUAGGUGAAUUUGCAAAAGUUGUGGAAAUUGAAUACCUUAAAUCUGAUUUAAUACCCAUGUUUGUUAUACUCGCCCAGGACGAACAAGAUUCAGUUCGUCUUUUAGCCGUUGAAGCUUGUGUCAGUAUUGCAGCAUUAUUACAACAAGAGGAUGUUGAACAGUUGGUUAUGCCUACGCUUCGACAGUGCGCUAGUGAUCAAUCAUGGCGCGUUCGUUAUAUGGUAGCAGAUAAGUUUACAGAUCUCCAAAAGGCUGUUGGUCCCGAAAUAACGAAAACAGAUCUUGUGCCAGCAUUUCAAGUAUUAUUGAAAGAUAUCGAAGCAGAGGUGCGGGCAGCGGCUGCCGAUAAAGUUCGCGAUUUCUGUCAGAAUAUUGAUCAAGUUAAUCAGGAAUUUAUAAUAAUGACAAAUAUAUUGCCUAUUGUUAAAGAACUUGUAGCAGAUCCUAAUCAACAUGUAAAAUCAGCUUUGGCAAGCGUAAUUAUGGGACUAAGUCCCAUACUCGGCAAGCACAACACAAUCGAACAUUUAUUACCGCUAUUUCUAUCCCAACUCAGAGAUGAAUGUCCUGAAGUGCGACUCAAUAUCAUUAGUAAUCUAGAAUGUGUUAAUGAAGUUAUUGGCAUACAACAGCUCUCACAAUCUCUUCUACCUGCCAUCGUGGAAUUAGCCGAAGAUUCUAAAUGGCGUGUGCGACUAGCUAUUAUCGAGUACAUGCCAUUGUUGGCCGGACAACUUGGCGUAGAAUUCUUUGACGAGAAAUUAAAUUCUCUGUGCAUGACUUGGUUGGUGGAUCAUGUGUAUGCAAUUCGGGAAGCAGCUACGUUAAAUCUGAAGAAACUUGUAGAGAAAUUUGGGCCCGAUUGGGCACAGAAUACAGUGAUACCUAAAGUUUUGGCUAUGUCCAGGGAUCAAAAUUAUCUUCAUAGAAUGACAUGCUUAUUCUGCAUCAAUGUUUUGGCUGAAGUAUGUGGUCCAGAAAUAACGACAAAAGUAAUGCUCCCAACUGUAUUAACAAUGGCUACUGAUAAUGUUGCAAAUGUAAGAUUUAAUGUUGCUAAGACUCUACAGCGAAUUGGACCUUUUCUCGAACCCUCAGCAGUCCAAACUCAAGUAAAACCUAUCCUCGAUAAACUUAAUACUGAUAGUGACGUAGAUGUGAAAUACUUUGCUUCAGAAGCAAUUGCUGGAAUCGCAGCGUAGGUUGAACGACACAGUGCAUUUAUCACUUAUUCAAUAAUAUUCAACUUAAAUUUGAAGAAGAGAGGAUGCCACAAUAUUUCACUUACAAGUACAUGGCAACAGGUAAUAUUAUGCACAGUCAAAGCAAACUUUAAUGAGGAGAUAAUUCUAUAAUUAGUAGAUUAUAUUA